AAAGGGAAUAGUGAUGGGGGAGGGGCAGAAUAUAAUUCUUCCUUCUGCUUUCAAGUAUCUCAAAACCCAUCUAGAUUUACACUGAGAAACUGAAUUAAUGCUGGCUUUGUACGAAUAUCGUAGAAGUAGCGAGCAAGAUGGAAAUGGGCAAUAAACUUAGAAGGGUGUUUGCUAGCUAACUUCGUGUUUUUGCAGCUGCGGGCUUGCACACUUUUAAUUGGAAAGAAUCCCUUUUAAGUUCAUUGGGACUCAUCUCCAAAUAAAAAUGGGGAAGAUCGAAACGAGCUCUACGACUUGCAAGAAGUUUUCAUUCUUGGACCCUUCCCCCACUUUGCCUAUGUCCUCUGCGCCCUGGCCGCGCGGGCGCCGAAUCGGUAACUCUCACUACUCUUCAUCUGUGUUACCAAUUGGCGAGGUCAGCCAGUCUCUGCUCCAUGAUCACUUUUAUUCCCUGGGGGCGGGAGUGGGUUGGAAUCAAGCGUCUGCCGCUGUCCAAUCCUCGCGCUUCUUAGCAAGUAAUCCGUCCUCCAUUUGUGACGAGAUACGCUGGCUGUCGAUUGGUUAAGGGCCCUGUCCUUCUCCCAUGCCUCUUGCUGGUCGAGCCGGGCCAGUGGGGUCGCGGAUGGAGAGAAGCUUCCUGCCAGGGGUGGGAACUUACAAAAAUUAAGUGUAAAGAAGUCCAACUGAACUUGCAAAAUGGCAGGCUUCCUAGACAAUUUCCGUUGGCCUGAAUGUGAAUGUAUAGAUUGGGGUGAAAGAAGAAAUACAGUUGCUUCUGUGGUGGCUGGGGUCUUGUUUUUUACAGGCUGGUGGAUAAUGAUAGAUGCUGCAGUAGCUUAUCCUAAGCCAGAACAAAUGAACCACGCAUUUCACACUUGUGGAGUAUUUUCCACCCUAGCUUUUUUCAUGAUAAACGCUGUAUCAAAUGCUCAAGUAAGAGGUGACAAUUAUGGUGAUGGAUGCUUAGGAAGAACAGGUGCUCGUGUCUGGCUCUUCAUUGGCUUCAUGUUGAUGUUUGCCUCACUUAUUGCUUCUAUAUGGAUCCUUUUUGGAGCAUAUGUUACCCAAAAUAUUAAUGUAUACCCGGGAUUAGCUGUGUUUUUUCAAAAUGCUUUGAUAUUUUUUAGUACCCUUAUCUACAAAUUUGGAAGAACAGAAGAAUUGUGGGCCUAAGAAUCUGUUUUUCUUCAUCCUGCAUAGCAACUUUUUAUGUAAAUAAUAUAAUUUACAUUUUGUUUUUAUUUUGCCAAACUUAUUGAAUUAUAAAUUUUGUAUGCUUACUUUUUUUUUUAAAGUGAACUGAUUUUAGGAUUUUGUUCCAAAUUUUUAGUAGAACAAAUUUGUUCAUAUGUAUAUAUUAUGGUUAUCUGUAACCUAUGACCUAACUCUUCCAUUUUUAUUGCAGCUGGCAUUAUUUUGUAGGGAAUAUUAUAAAUAUAUAGGUUUUUCAAGAGCAUCUACUGCUCUUAAGCACAAAUAAGUCUACAAGUACCUUUUCAAAUGGCAUCAGCCAAGAGGCAAAGAUGUAGUGAUGGAAAAGUGAGAAACUGAAAUUUAUCAUGAAUAGUUAUCUGCAAGAUUCCAUCAUUAUAUGGUAAUGCAUGACUACACCUCUUUAAGCUUCAAUUUUAAAAAAAUGAUUGUGUAAACAAACACAUUCAUUAUAUGUUAUUAUUAUAUAACAUUAUAUAUUAUAUAACAUUAUAUGUUAUUCAUAUAAUUGUAAUUUUAAAAGUUUGUGAAUAGCAUAUGAUACUGCAAAUGCGCUAAGAGCUUUCUUUUUUAGCACAUCAUGCCUUAAAAUGGGAUGGUCCCUAAAAGUGCUGAUAGAUUUGACAUUGUAACAAAAAUCUAUAUGAAAUUUUACAGUAUUCAGGCAUUCUGUUAAAUAUUUUUUAUAAUAUCACUUAAGAUUCUGUUCAUAUAUUAUUUAUAAAUAGAGAUUGCAAUUAUUUUAAUGCAGAAUUGCUGUGUAUUUUAUAUGUUUACGCAAUAUGCUGAGUAAGGGAAGUUUUAUGUUUAAAAAAAAUUCAGGAACUAUUUUAUUGUUUACUUUAUUAGGAUAAUUUCUCUGUAUCUUUAGAGAUGAUCUAGAUUCCAAACGAAAAGGAUCAGUGGAGAGAGUAUAUAUUUUUAUUACAUGGCAAGACUAUCAUCUUAAUUUUUUUCAAAAAAAAUAUAGAUAUUUAAUUUAUAUAAAUGAACAUGUAUGCAAAGCAGUGACAUGUUAACCUGUAUACUGAAAAUUAUGGCAUGCUCUCUAUAUAUAAUUUAAAGAUUUUGUUAAAUUAUGAAUACUCAAGUUGCUCUACAGUCCGACUAUAGAAGGUCUUACUGAAGCAGAUAUUCCAGGUUUCCUAUCUUGCAUGCCUUUGACUUUUCCCAUAGCUAGAAAAUAAACUUGGCCAGGUAGUUAUUUCUUAAGGACUUUCUUAGCCCUCUCAAAGGACAGACUAUGAAGCAAACUUGACAUGCUAAGAGUUGUCCUGUUUCUUCUUUCUUAGAGCAGACCAUAUUAGAAAGAUUAAACUAUUUUGUUUAUUGUAAAUACAUUAAAGUCAAAUAAUCAGCAAUA